UAAAGCAGACAAACUCACACGCAAGCGUUGUCAUUGCGGUGCUGUGGUGCCUAAGCUUAUAAUUGUAAACAAAUAAAUACUAAAAAUAAUAAACAUUUUUAUUGUGUUAACGCAAUCAAGAUAUCUUCAUUCAACCCAUCAACUCGGCAUGCCGAUGAAUACCCUGCUGCUUGGUAUUUAGCUACGUUUGUGUGCUUGCGGCGUGUGUGUAAUGGAAUUGGCUGUCUUAUAGAAUUUUGGCGCUUAAACUAACAACAACACGAACAUUGAUUUGGAAAACAAAAACAAGAACUGCUAACUAGAUACCUCAAUACCUGUCACAAAUACAUAUGUAUGUACAUACGCACCAUUCAUAUGUAGAUAUUGUAGACACCAAAUUCCCAUCAAAUAUGUCUACAACAGCCAUUUCCAAUAGUUCAUCCUUUGCCUCGAAUUCGUCGUCAGCCAUAUCAUCGGCGGCCAAUUCACAACUCACUUCCAUCAACGAAAUCAGUGAACUGCAUCAAUUGCGUGAUUUAUACCGUCGUGAUUGGCCUACCCACUCUGUGGGCUACUAUUGUCUGAGCAAUUUCAUUGACUGGGUAGAAAAGCGGCAUCAGCUGAACUCAGUGGCGGAUAUGAAAAAUCUGCAGGUAGUCACACUGGACAACGAUUGGCAUAGCGAUGGCCUUUUUUUGAUUGUGGACCGUUACCAGCUAUUUGUGAAUUCACUACUCUCCAGCGAAGGCAAUGAACGUCUCACAAAAGCACUCACCCUUCUCAACUGGUCUUGGCCAGGCUUCAAAGUGAGCUCUUUUCUGGAACGUCAUCGCCCUUCGGUGCUGAGUGCAGUGCACACAAAUAAUUUAAAAAUCGACUACGAUAAUCUCACUGUUAUGUACUACAAGCCCAGAAUGGAAGUGCUGCAGUUGCCACUAAACCGUCCCAUCGGUUAUGUGCUACGUCCUUUAAAUGCCACAACCGAUGCUGAGAUAAUCGACACACUAUGGCCGAAUCGUCAUCAGGGUUCACGUUUUCUGAUUAAACGUCUCAUAGAAUGGAAUGCGAAUAUGGGCGUUUAUACAGCAGACACUGGCGAGCUAGUAGCGUGGUGCUUGCGUUUGCAAGGCGGUUUUCUCGGCGCUCUGCAAGUGAGGGUGGAGCACAAGCAACGCGGUUUGGGUAGCCUGAUUGCCACGGCUACAGCGCAACGCAUUGCGGAGCUGGGUGAUGAUGUAAUGACUCUGGUGAACAAGGAUAAUCGCGUCGCACGUGGCAUGUUCGAGAAGCUAGGCUUUAAGCUAUUUGAUAACGCUUAUUGGUUACGUACAUUUCCCACUGAAGACGUAGAGCGCACAUGGCCUGAUGGCGAGUAGAGAAUUUCGCGUUUGCAUAUGUACAUUAGGGUGGUCCUUAAAUGUAGGAAGCAAAUUUUUACAUCAGAUUUACCAAGCCUCAACCCCUAUGUCGGUGCUACUAUGGUCGAAGAUAUCACAUAUAAAUUUAGGUCCCGAUUUGAGACGGUUAUGGCGUGUCGCACAGGGGGUAAAGU